GCGCUACAUGAAUAAAAAAAUCAUUAAAUUGUUUAUUUUCUUUUACGGGCCGAUUGAUCUCAUCGAAAGCCUGUGAAGAAAUCCAGCAAGUGAUGGUAUAGCACAGUUACGAAACCCAGCCGAUCUCUGGCAAUACGGCGUCGUUAGAGUCGCCUCUAUUAGCCUUGUAUCUUUGCUGCUCCUGCUGUAACCGUUCUUUCUGCAAAAACCUUGCCUGCACUGCAACUACCAUAUUUCCUUUUGUAAUUGGCCAUGACGGAAGUGGCUACUUCAGUGGUUCACGAGGUGCUAGGCCGCCGUGUCCAGGACGUGGAUCAGCCAAUUGUUGAUUACAUAAUCAACGUCCUCGCAGAUGAGGAUUUCGAUUUUGGCGAGGAAGGCGAAGGUGCCUUUGAUGCUAUCGGUGAACUCCUCGUCGGCGCCGGUUGCGUUUCUGAUUUUGAUGAGUGUCGUCUGGUUUGUAGCAAGCUAUGUGAUAGGUUUGGAAAACAUGGGUUAGUAAAACCAAAACCAGCAGUGCGGAGCCUUACAACGCCUUUUAGAAUGAAUGAAGGAAUGGAUGAGGAUGUGCCAAAGAAAAAGCCUGAGGUGAUCGAUGGUCCUUUGCUGACUGAGCGUGACCGUGCUAAGCUAGAGAGGAGAAAGAGGAAGGACGAGCGUCAACGAGAGGCACAAUAUCAAAUGCAUCUAGCAGAAAUGGAAGCAGUUCGAGCCGGAAUGCCUGUUGUGUGCGUGAAUCAUGAUAGUGGCACUGGACCAGCUGUCAAGGAUAUUCAUAUGGAGAACUUUAAUAUCUCUGUGGGUGGCCGUGAUCUGAUUGUUGAUGGUUCAGUCACACUUUCUUUUGGAAGGCAUUAUGGCCUUGUUGGGCGAAAUGGUACUGGGAAAACAACUUUCCUUAGGCACAUGGCUAUGCAUGCCAUUGAUGGUAUCCCUUCGAACUGCCAAAUCUUACAUGUUGAGCAAGAAGUGGUUGGCGAUGAUACCUCGGCCUUGCAAUGUGUUCUGAACACCGAUAUAGAGAGAACCCAGCUUUUGGCAGAAGAAGCUCAUAUUCUUGCACGACAUAGAGACUUGGAGUUUGGAGGUGAAAAUGGAAAUAACAAAGGGGAUCAAAAUGGAACAAUUGAUAAAGAUUCUAUCUCACAAAGGCUUGAGGAAAUAUACAAAAGACUUGAGUUUAUUGAUGCAUAUUCUGCAGAAGCACGUGCUGCUUCCAUUCUUGCGGGCCUCAGCUUCACUCCAGAAAUGCAGAAGAAGGCCACUAAAACUUUUUCUGGAGGAUGGCGAAUGAGAAUAGCUCUAGCUCGUGCACUGUUUAUAGAGCCUGAUAUGUUGCUGCUUGAUGAACCUACGAACCAUCUUGAUCUUCAUGCUGUCCUAUGGCUGGAAUCAUACCUGGUGAAAUGGCCAAAAACAUUUAUAGUUGUUUCUCAUGCUAGAGAAUUCUUGAACACGGUGGUCACAGAUAUUCUCCACUUACAUGGGCAAAAGUUGAAUGCUUACAAGGGUGAUUAUGAUACCUUUGAGAGGACUCGGGAGGAGCAAGUUAAGAACCAACAGAAGGCAUUGGAGGCAAAUGAGAAAGCAAGAGCGCAUAUGCAGUCCUUUAUCGAUAAAUUUCGUUAUAAUGCAAAGAGGGCGUCUCUUGUCCAAUCGAGAAUCAAGGCACUGGAUCGAUUGGGACAUGUGGAUGAAAUUAUUAAUGACCCAGACUAUAAAUUUGAGUUUCCAACCCCAGAUGAUAGACCAGGUCCCCCAAUAAUAAGUUUUAGUGAUGCAUCAUUUGGUUAUCCUGGGGGCCCGAUGUUAUUUAAGAACUUGAAUUUUGGUAUAGAUCUGGACAGCCGAAUUGCAAUGGUUGGGCCAAAUGGCAUUGGUAAAUCAACAAUACUUAAACUAAUAGCAGGAGAACUGCAACCAACCUCUGGCACUGUCUUUCGUUCAGCAAAGGUUCGCAUUGCUGUGUUUAGUCAGCACCAUGUUGAUGGCCUUGACUUGUCUUCCAACCCCCUUUUAUAUAUGAUGCGUUGUUUCCCAGGAGUGCCUGAGCAAAAGCUUCGAGCUCACUUAGGUUCUUUUGGUGUAACUGGAAAUCUGGCACUUCAACCAAUGUACACAUUAUCUGGUGGUCAGAAAAGCAGGGUGGCGUUUGCAAAGAUAACCUUCAAGAAACCACAUAUAAUAUUGCUUGAUGAGCCAUCCAAUCAUCUUGAUUUGGAUGCAGUCGAAGCACUAAUCCAAGGCCUCGUCUUGUUCCAGGGAGGGAUUCUCAUGGUUAGUCACGAUGAGCAUUUGAUAUCUGGGAGUGUAGAGGAAUUAUGGGUGGUAUCAGAAGGGAGGGCGACACCUUUCCACGGGACAUUCCAGGAUUACAAGAAGAUACUCCAGUCUUCUUAAUCAUAUAUUUCCUUGGAUUAAAUCUAGUCCUGCUGCAGUUGGAGUGAAACAAACAGUAAUACUUUCAUUGCUACCACAGAUUACAGAAUACGAUGGCUCAACGGCUUUCGGUACGAGCAAUUUUGAGUUUGUCCCAGCAAAACUAGGACUACUUUCGCUUGGUUUUUUUUUUUUUUUUUUUUUUGGACUUCUGCUAGAAGAUGGAGCCUCUAUUAGGAGCGAUGGGCAAGUGUAUUUUCUUUUUUUCUUUAAAAAAAAACUUAUGAUUAUAUAGUUGUUUCUGACUCUUUAAAUUUAGAAAGUUGGUUGCAUCAUAUCUUAAAUGAUUAUAAAUUGAAUAUAACCAUCUUCAAUAUCUUUUAAGAAUUUGUUGACAUUGGGUAUCUAA